AUGUACGAAUUUGGUGUCAAUAUUCCGUAUGGUGAUUCAAAUAAAUUUCGAUUGAAUUGCCGCAACAUUUGGUUUAAUGAAUAUUGGAGUCAACAUCAUCGAUGCAGUUUAAAUCGAAAUGACGAAAAUGCGUGCACCGGAAACGAGACAAUGGGACCGUACGAACAAGAGGGUUUGGUGCCAUUUGUUGUCGAUGCUGUCUUCGCUAUGGCACAUGCUUUGGACGAGCUGUACAAAGAUGUUUGCGGUGGUAUACCAUACAAUGACUGUGCCGAAAUGAAUUCAGCAUCAAUUGGUCCUCGUCUACUGAAAUACAUUUUGAAGGUGUCUUUCGUUGGACGGCAAGGAUCAUUGAUUCAUUUCAAUCAAGACGGCGAUGCUUUUGGAUCUUAUAACAUAUAUCAAUAUCAGCAGAAAGACAACAAAUACGAUUAUGUUCCGAUUGGUACAUGGAAGGAAGGACUAAACCUUAGUAUGACUGAACUGAAAUGGCAUAACGGUGUAGUACCUCAAUCGAUCUGUAGCGGUCCCUGUCCAGCUGGUCAUGUGAAGAAUCAUCAGGACCAAUGUUGCUGGUCGUGUUUGAGAUGUCGGGAAGAUUCAUACGUAGAUAACGACACAUGUAUAACAUGUCCACCCGGCUGGGCACCAAAUGAAAAUAAGACCGAAUGUGACAAGUUAACGCCACAAGUUAUCGAUUGGAAGAGUCCAUGGGCAUUGGUGCCACUGAUAUUUGCCGCUAUCGGUAUCGGUUGUACAUCAAUUUUGACCCAAUUGUUUGCUUUUAGGUUUAACAAGACACCGGUGAUCAUGGCAUCCGGAAGAGAACUGUGUUAUGUAUUACUGCUAGGUAUUUUGUCCAGUUACGGAAUGACUUUCUUGAUAUUAUCCGAACCCACUGUAAGACGAUGUGCUGCGGUUCGAGUUGGUCUUGGACUGUGUCUGAGUCUGUGCUACAGUGCUAUUUUCAUUAAAACGAAUCGAAUCUCGAGAAUAUUUAAUCGUGGUGUAAAGACUGUACAUAGACCGACAUAUACAUCACCUUUAUCGCAGGUUGCCAUCUGCUUAGGUAAUGUCUAAGAAAAUUUAUUAAAUGGGUGGAAAACUAUAAAUAAAACCAUAUGGUUAAUGGCAGUAUCGCAUUAGUGAACGUAGUUGGCACAAUGUUUGGUUAAUUUAAUGAGGAACGCAGAUGUGCGGGAAGUAUACCCAUCACCAUUGACAGCCGUUUUAUCGUGCAAAGUGUCUGAGAUAUCUUUGGUGUUAUCUUUAUGUUUAACAAUGUUAUUGAUCUUGCUAUGCACGUUGUAUGCAUUUAAAACAAGGAAAAUUCCAGAAAAUUAUAAUGAAGCAAAGUAUAUUGCAUUUACCAUGUACAGCACCUGUAUCGUUUGGCUGGCAUUUCUGCCGAUUUAUUAGACCAAAAAUGAUUACAGGUAAGUACUUCAUUUGGAAAUGCCUUAAUAUAUUCACGCUAAAUUGGUAACUAUAUGAUUACUUGAACAGAUUCAAAUGUCUUGUCUGUGUACGUGUUUAAUGAUAAGUGCAUCGGUGCCACUAGGAUCAUUUGUGCCGAAAGUUUAUUUGGUACUGUUUCAGCCAUACAAGAAUGUACGACAGACGAAUGGGAAAAAGGUGGGUGAUGCGAAAGGUGGCAAA